AUGUUUUUUCUCUCAUUUUGUUCACUUUUUAAUUCUCUUUCUUUUUUGUUCUUUGUCUCCCUUCUUCUCUCUCUCAUUUCUCUCAAUUUUAUCCCUCAAUUUCUAUUUUUCACUGUUUUUUCUUUGUUUAUCUCUUUUUUAAAUUUUUUAUCUUUUUUUCGCUCUUUCUCUCUCUCACACACACACACACUCUCUCUCUCUCUCUCUCUCUCUCAGUCUCUCCCUCUCUUUAUUUCAAACUUUUCUCCCCCUUUAAUUUUUGUUUACUUUUUAAAUCUCUUUAUUCUUCAUCUCUCUCUCUCUUCCUCUUCUUCAUUAUCGUUCUCCUUUACCUCUCUGUUGUCAUUUUUCUCUAAUUUUCUCUCUCUCUCACACACAAUCUCUCUCUCUCUCUCUCUCUCCCCUUCCCUCUCCCUACAUUUUUUUAAUCCCGUCAACAAGUGGCGCAAGUCCUAA